GCGUGUGUCCCGUUCAGAGUCCGAGUCAGUCUCUUCAGCAUGUUUUUCCUGACCCCAGUCCUGGUAGCAGUGAUCUGCAUUUUGGUCGUGUGGAUCUUUAAGAAUGCCGAUGGAAGCAUCGAGAGACGGAAGGGGGAGACGAGAGCCAGGGCUGAGUCUCGUCCCUGGGUGGACGAGGACCUGAAAGACAACACUGACCUCCACCAAGGAGAAGAAGAUGCCGAUGACUGGCAAGAGUCAGAAGAAGACGUUGAACAUAUUCCAUUCUCCCAUACCCGGUAUCCGGAGAAGGAAAUGGUGAAGAGAUCCCAGGAAUUUUAUGAACUUCUCAAUAAAAGACGGUCGGUCAGAUUCAUAAGUGAUGAGCAAGUCCCCAUGGAAGUCAUUGAUAAUGUCAUCAAAACGGCAGGAACCGCCCCAAGUGGGGCCCACACGGAGCCCUGGACCUUUGUGGUUGUGAAGGACCUGGACGUGAAACACAAGAUUCGGGAGAUCAUUGAGGAAGAGGAGGAAAUAAACUAUUUGAAAAGGAUGGGACGCCAAUGGGUUACAGACCUGAGGAAACUGAGGACCAAUUGGAUUAAGGAGUACUUGGACACAGCACCCGUUUUGAUUCUAAUUUUCAAACAAGUACAUGGGCUCGCUGCAAAUGGCAAAAGAAAGGUCCACUACUACAACGAGAUCAGUGUUUCCAUCGCGUGUGGCAUCCUCCUGGCUGCUCUUCAGAACGCAGGACUGGUGACUGUCACUACCACACCUCUCAACUGUGGUCCCCGUCUGAGGGUGCUCCUGGGCCGCCCCACAAACGAAAAGCUGUUGAUGCUGCUCCCCGUGGGGUACCCCAGCAAAGAAGCCACGGUGCCCGACCUAACUCGGAAACCCCUGGAUCAGAUCAUGGUGACCGUGUAGGCAGGAGCCCGUCUGGGAUGCUGGCAGACGGUGACCUGGUCCUCUCUUGUUCCUCUUGGGUCCGCAGGCUGCUCUUUCCACGGGUAUCAGGUCCCCCGGCC